CGUGGAAAUCACGCCAAUAAGACCCAUAUAUAAAUAAGAACCCCACCUCUCCUCAUAUUGUUUGUUUGCAAGUUAUUUGAGAGUUGUCUUAGAUUGAAGAUCCAACUUUACAUUUUGCUUGUUCAUCUCCGAAACCCAGAUUAAUUGAUUGAUUGAUUGAUCUAUGGCUGUGACUAAGAAAAAUGGGAAGGAUGAGAAGCAAAAUUGUAAAGAAAAAGAUAUUAAGCAGGAAGAUGACCAUGACCAAUUACAGGCGCCCAUAUUGUUCCUCUUUAAUUUGGUGCUGGGCGUCUUCACCACCUUCCUUUUCUGCUAUAUGAAUCUGGCGCAUCUGUUAGCCAUGGCCACCCUCAUGCCCGUACUUGUAUUUUCGGUGUUCGUUCUUAAAGUUGAUUAUGUUGUUCACAAAGCAGAUCAUCAUGGUCAGCCUACAGUAACAGAGCUUCCGAAAGAAGAAGAAGAAGAAGAAGAAGAAAACAGAGUAGAGGAGGACGAGACAGAGAUUACUGAAGUAGAUGAGAAGAAGUAUGAGCUUGGUCAAGCAACACUUGUGAUCUAUGAUGGGUCAAAGAUGAUACCCAGAAUAGACAAGCAUAGUCAACUAUCAGCCGAUGAUAUUCAUGACCAUGUAGUAGUACAUGAUUAUGAUGAUGACGAUGAUAAGAAAUAUGAGCAAGAGUUUGAGAUUGAUGAAGGGGGAUUUCAUUUGCAAUCUGGAAACAAAUCAAAUUAUAUGAAGCUGCCAAAGAAAACAAGUAACGCGUCUUCUAGAGGUCAAAGGAACAGGACGAAGAACAAGAAGAAGAAGAAUAAUAAGCUCGACAGUAUUGGUGAAGGGAUUUUGGAGGGGGUUCUUGAUGCAACUGUUUUAUCCAUAGAUUUCAUGACGGGAGGAGUCUAUUCCAUCAUCUUUCAACGUGUCUUUUCAUGAUAUAUAUCUUAACUAUCUUUCUUUACUUUGCAAGAUAUAAAGUAAUUCCUUUUUGUUAAAUUAUCAAUACAUAUAUAUAUAUAUUAAUUAUUAAAAUAUUGA